AGUGGUAAUGGCGGCCGCCCGGCUGCUGCUGGUGGCGUCUGUGGGCGCUGCGUUGGGUCUCCUCGCAUCGGCGGGCAAGAUGAAGAUCGUGGAGGAACCGAACACGUUCGGGUUGAAUAACCCCUUCUUGCCUCAAACUAAUCGACUGCAGCCAAAGAUGCCCCCUUCACCAAUAUCAGGCCCUGUGCAUCUCUUUAGGCUUGCUGGCAAGUGUUUCAGUUUUGUGGAAUCCACAUAUAAGUACGAGUUCUGUCCUUUCCAUAAUGUCACUCAGCAUGAGCAGACUUUUCGAUGGAAUGCCUACAGUGGGAUUUUAGGAAUCUGGCACGAAUGGGAAAUUGACAACAACACGUUUGUUGGAAUGUGGAUGAGGGAAGGAGACUCAUGUGAAACCAAGAGCAGACAGACAAAGGUCCAUCUUGUUUGUGGAAAGAGCAAUAAAUUGGCUUAUGUAUCUGAGCCAAGUACUUGUGUCUACUCCCUCACAUUCGAGACUCCUCUUGUGUGCCAUCCCCACUCUCUUUUGGUUUAUCCAACUCUGACUGAAGCACUACAAAGGAAAUGGGAUGAAGCAGAGCAGUCUCUGUAUGAUCAACUAAUAACUGAGCAGGGAUACAAAAAAUUACUGAAAGAGAUUUUUGAGGAAGCAGGACUUCUGAAAGCAACAGAAGAAAAGGAAGCUGAGAAACAGAAUACGAAAACAAGUCUGCAGUUUGAAACAGUGGAUAUGUGCAAUAAGGAAUACAAGAAACUUUCCGAAGAAAUAAAAGUCCUUAAGGAUUUAUUAAGUCAGCACAAUAUUGCAUACAAAGGAAGUUCUGCUGAAAACACCAGUGUUGAACGUGUAAAUCACAAAUGGGCGACUGCAGAGACAACUGUGCUUAACGGGUCAACGAAUGCUGAACGUCUGCAUGGUGAUGCAGGGAUUUAGAGUGACGCUGUGCGAAAGAACUUGCAUAGUAAACAGCAGUUUGAUACAGAAUGUCAAGCAAGUUGACUGUGUAUCGUGACACUGUGAUGAUUUAACUCUUGUGGAUAUUCUUGACUUCCUCAAUUUCCGCCCUAAAGCAAAGGGAACAGCGGAAUGUCAGUGCCAUCUACUGACACCAGCCGGCAAGUUUCUGUAAACACUGAUGAGAGCAAUUUGAGACUGCUGUGGAGCCAAGGUUUACAGAUUGUAUCUCCGUUCUCAGCUUUGUUAUUUUCUUUAAUCAAGCGUGCUAAGAGGCAGUGUAAAUACAAAACAGCCCCGGGCACUGCUCUGAGGUGUUGUACAAAAGGUAUUGGGCAGUAUUCAGAACGUGUUACUUCACCUGUAUGCUAAACCGAGAGGUUUCUUAUCAGACUUCAGUGAAAGGAAUGAAUAAAUAACGCACAGCACGCAUCCAGCUCUGCUCAGAGGCUGGUGUGAUCUGUGGAUAAGGUGACUGCUGCUUAGGAGCUGGAGAGCUGCGCAGAGAACACUCGAUUGUUAAGAAGAGUAGUUGUGUGCAUACGCGGCAGUUCUCUGUAACGGAAUAAAGAGGACUGUGCUCCCUCAA